UGGCGCCAGCGAUUUCGCGGGGUAACAGCUGCACGAGAGAGGAGGGCAGCGAGAUUAUAUAGACAGAAACAGCUGAAAUAGAGAGUUAUAAACCCUCCCAGUAACUCUGAGGGUUAAUGUUGGCUUUCAUGGUGUUUUAUUCUCACUCCCGCUUCUGCUCCUGUUCGUCUAAACUCCGAGGUGAGCCGUCUAUGUGUCACACAGACCACCAUCGAUAACACUCAGUAAAUACUGACUGUUACUGAUGCUUCUCUGCUUCUAGAUCAGGAUAAGUGGAGGGUGGUAGCAGCUUUACAUAAAGCUCACUGAGGUCUUUGGGAGGAAUAAUGAUGGCGACGGCAGGGCCUCCAAGCAGCUCCAGCCUCCUCCCCCUGCUGGAGUCUUUGGAGGACAACGCUGCUGGACAGUCAGAGCAGACAGAUGCCUACCUCACUAUCGCAAACCGGCUCAGUGGAGAAGAAGGCCGACAGUUUCUCCCUGCAGUUGAAAAGCACUUUUCUCGUUUGGGUAAAGCUAUGCUGGCUCACAUGACCAGUCCCAAUGCAGAGCUGAGUCAAGCUGCGCUGCAGGCGUUGGGGUUUUGUGUUUACCACUCACAUGUUGUCUCUGGAGUUCCUGAAACUCUUGCAGCAGAAAUCCUCUCAGCACUUUGCUCUUUGGUGGUGACAUCAACAGAUAAAAACACAUGCACCAGAGCAUUAUGGGUCAUCUCCAAACAGAGCUUUCCCCCAGAUGUGGUGGCUAAAAAAGUGCCAUUGAUACUGGGAACACUGGAGAGCGUGUGGAGCAGAGAGGACGUCCAGUCUGUUGUGAUGGAGCAUGAGGCCUUAAAUGUCGUCAUCAGGAUGUUGGAGCAGGUGCCGGCUCAGAUGGGUGACGGAGCGGUUCGAUGGGCAAAGCUCAUCAUCCCGCUGGUUGUCCACUCUGCCUCAAAGGUGCGUCUACGAGCUGCAGCAGCCAUGGAGAUGGGCCUGCCUCUUCUGCUGCAGAAACAGGCGGAGGUGGCUGCUAUCAUUGAACCCAUGAUGUCCUCAAAACUGAUCCCAGAGCUGCAGAAACUUUUUAUGUCUAAGAAUGAAACAAACGUCCUGAAGCUCUGGCCCUUAUUUGUUAAACUGCUCGGAAAGCUGCUGCACAGAGGAGGCCCCUUCAUCAACUCUCUGCUCCAUCUGGAGGAGCUCGGUUUCCGCAGCUCUUCUCUCCCCAUCAAAAAAAUUGCCUUCAUCGCCUGGAAGAGCCUCAUCGAUAACUUUGCCCUGAAUCCAGACAUCCUGUGCAGCAGCAAACGUAUGAAGCUCCUCAUGCAGCCCCUCGCCUCCAUCAACGUCAGGACGGAGGCACUGCUGCUAACCAAGGUGGAGGUGUGGUGGUACCUGGUGGUCCAGCUUGGAACCAACUUAUCGUCUAACUUUGAUCAGGUUUCUGUCCCUCUUCUUCAAUGCACUAUCGGAUCAGACUCCACAUCAGUCCCAGGAACACCUUCAAGAGCAGCCAGUCAAAACGGUUCAGUGACGCCUGCAACACCUAAAUCUGCAGGCACUCCAGGCUUCAACAGUCCAGCCAAUUCGUCUCGGAUGAGCCUGAACUCCAGCGUGCAGGUCCAGACCACCUUUCCGUCCAUCCAGCUGCUUGGCCUGGAGAUGCUGCUGCACUAUUUCCUCGGGCCGGAAGUUAUUGCCACAGCGGCAAAAAAUAAAAUAAUCCUGAGCCUUGAGCCGUUGAACCAUCCUUUCCUCUCUGGAGCGUCUUCUUUCACCAAACACGCUGCUGUGCUCAUAUCAAACAUCAGAGAUGGAUUCAUCAACAUCGGCAAAGAAGCUCCAGAUGCUCUGUUGGCCAUCAUAUGGACAAAUCUCGUCCGAUUUGUUAACUUCACCAUUGAGUCAAGCAGUAAGAAGGAUCGACAGGGCUGUGAAGUUUUCACUCUGAUGCUUCAGGCUCUGCAGAGCAUUGUCACCUCAGAGGCUCUACCUGCAGAAAAAGUCCUGAUUCUGUUUGAAGCAACAGUGAAAGGUCUUCCUCAGAGAGUCCUCGGCUCGGCCUCCUAUCAAGUGGGGAAGAUGGAUGUGCUGAAUGGAACACCGGCUCUGUUUCUGAUUCUGCUCCUCUACAACAGCAGCAUGCUGCCGGCUUACAUUGAGGAUGAGAGGUUUUUCCACUGCCUCCAGACUCUGGUUGGCUGCGGUCUGUCCGGUCACACGUCCCCACUGGCGUUUGGGGAGGCGGUGCUCGGCGCCAUCAGACGCAGCGCUGCGGCUAUUCAGAACAAAGAGCAGCUGUGGAGGAUGUGGAGUGUGAUGGUCGGACCGCUGACUGAAACAAUCACACAGUCCAAUGAAGUCAACCAAGGUGACGCUCUCGAGCACAACUUCAGCGCCAUGCACUCCGCCUUGUUGUUUCCUAUCACACAUCUUCUAUGUGGGACACCUCUGCAGCAGGCGUCCCAGAAGUCGAUGUUGUCCACGUGGUCCAAACUCUAUAAAGUGUUUGCUCGCUGCUCUGCUCUCGUGGUCACAGCUGAGGAAAACAUCUGCUGUGAAGAGCUCUGUGCAAAGAUGACGACAGCCAUUGACAGAGACGCUCUGAAGGUUCCUUCAACAUUAAAUACUGUUUCCAGUGUCCUCCAUGUGAUGGUCGAAUGUGUUGACUUCUCACCGUUCACUCCGCAGUUUCAGCAGAAACUCAAAUCUCCUCACACCCCGGUGAACUGGAUGAAGAAGAGGAGUAAAGUCCUGGGGAAUCUGACCACUUUCCAGUCUCUGCUGGUUCAGUGUUUGGAUAUUUACCUGGAGGACUCAGAGGCUCCGUCUGAAACCACAGGACUCUCUCUCGUCUCCAUUAUGUCAGUUCUCUUCUCGAACCUCGUUCUCGCCAACACGGUCACAGAAGCCCUGAACUCUCUGAUUCAACCUCUCACGCUUUUCUACCAACAAGCAGCAAACGAGAAGCCUAGAUUCUCCUUGCUGCUGCAGGGGAAGUUGGAAAAGCUCCUCUCUGAUAUCCUCAGCUGCCUGCAGACUCGCUCUACUUUGGCAUACAACUCUGAGCUCCUGUCUCUGCUGUCUCCUGUGCUCUGUGUGGUGUUUCCUCACAAGAACAAGCAGCUUCGUACCUCCGUCACUCAGUUCUGGAACGCCACCUUUGCCAACUCAGUCAACCUCACCUACCCCGAAGAGAUCAGACCAAUACUGAGCCAAGUGAAGCAGAAGACUCCAAUCAUUCUUCCUGGAUUUGAGGUUGUCAGUGUUACUGAUGAGUUCAGUGGACCAUAUUCUAACGAGAGCUCACAGAUGGAGACAAAACUCAGUGGGAUACCAGUUUCAUCUGUAGGAAAGAGGGACUCGCUGCUGGGGAAAGCCAGUGAGAUGAAGGAGAGAAGCUCCAUGAAGAACUCCAAACCAGUUUCUAUGAAACUUGACUUUGGCUCUCCCAAACUUCCUCGUAGGGAGGUUUUGGAGGAAGAGGCCUCCAUCGACUUUGUCUUCAUCCCUCCUGAGACAAAGGAGCGCGUUCUGACCGAGCAUCAGAAGGAGGUGAAAAGGACUAAGAGGGUUGACAUCCCUGCCAUGUACAACAACCUUGAUGCUUCUCUGGAUACGACAGUUUUCACCCAGUACAGUCAGAGCCAAGAAGACUCUUUGGAUAAACUGCCAACUCAACAAGCUGAAAAUGUUACCAAAGAGGCUCCUGCCAAGGUUCCUAAAGAAGACGAAAAAAAGGAGGAAGAUAUGGAAGUUUUAUCUAAAGAUACACAAGAUGAUGCCAGUCCUAAAUCUGCAGAGACUGCUCCUAAAAGUCCUGAGCAAGAGGUGAUGAUCCCUGAAUCAGCUGAUGUCUCCAUGGAGGAUGUCUCUACUAGUGAUGAUAAAGCAGAAGUAACAGAAGUGCAAUCUAAAGAUGGGGCUAGCCCUAAUGUCUCUAGUUCCUCAGAUUUGGUCUCAGGGACUCCCCAGAAACCCAACAGCCGUCGACAGUCCUUUAUCACUCUUGAGAAGUAUGCUGAAGGAAAGUCCAGCCCAGGCAGUGUCUCUAAGUUCACAGGUCCUCUUGUGAAAACCUCUGACAGCCAGGAAUCCAAAACCAAGGCAUCAUCCUCUCAGGCCUCCCAGAUAUCCUCUGGUCCAAAUUCUCAUGAAUCCCAGUCCACUCAGGACUCUCAAAGUCCUGCAAACAAUGCUGCAGAGUCUCCAGUGAGGCCAAAAGACUCUGGGUUAAAAUGUGAACCAGUGAGGCUGAUGGAUAGACUGCCGAGUAACACAGCAGAGGAUGAAGAUGUCAUUCCGGACACCCAGACUGAAGCUGAGGGUAAGGCAAGCACAAAAAUGUCUUCAGCUACAGAGGAAAUGGAGUCAUUCAGCCAAGAAGAGGAGUCUCAGCAGUCUCUGAAUGAUUCCCAAUCAUCAGACACUUCUCCAGGUGAACCAAGAAGGUCUGGGCGCCAAAGGGUCAGACCCUUGCGCCCCGGAGAAGACCCUGAGGAACGGGACCAGAAGUUUGUGCUGAAAAGGAAGCGAUCUGAAGGAGAACCAAAAGGUGACUCUCCAAAGUCGAGCUCAGUGCAAAGCAGACCAAACACAAGAAGUAAGAACGCUACUGAGGAGGACAGUGGUAAAGACAGAUUACGAACACGAGCUCAGAGAGAUAAGGGGGAGUCAAAUCAGACUAACUCUCAAGGAAGGGCACAAAAGAAGAUCAAACUUUUCAGUAAUGUAGAGGACUUCCUUGAUCAGCCUGAACCUAGAAGGAGAAGCACCAGAGAUCGCGAGUCCAGCCAAAAUGACUUGCAGUCCGAAAGCCAGUCUCAGGGUCGGUCCAGCCGGCGGAGUACAUCAUCUCUGGACAAAGCUGAUGCAAAGAAAAAGGACAAAGAGUCCAGUCAAACUAACUUGCGAUCAGGUUCACAAUCUGAACAGGAGAGCCAAUCACAGGGUCGCUCCAGUCGACGGAGCCGGUCAUCGGCAGAGACCAAAAAGGUUUCCUCUGAACAAGAGUUGAACCAAACGGCAACACCAGAGCUCGAGAUGGGAGAACAGCCUGAAAAUGUCCAAGUCAAGCCAAACAACGAUUCUGAAGUCAUCACCUUUGACCCUAAAAGCAUUGAUUCCCAAGAGUUUGACUUUGUGGAACAGACAGAAAAAGAUGAUUCUCAAAUGCUUGCCUCUUCUCCACCUAAGGAAUCCCAAGAUGAACCUAGUACGACCAGUGAGCCGGCAAGUUUUCUUGAAGACGAGAACAAGACAAAGGAAGAUUCUGAUGGCAACCUAGGUCAAGAGGACUCCCAAGAUAUCACUUCCUCUUCCUUGGAUAGCCAGUCAUUGCGAAAAUCCAGGAGAAGCAAGGCGUCCUCCGAGUCUGUGGGCCAAUCACCAGAGUCUGAGAAUGCUGAAAAGGCUGAAAAGAAAGAGGAAGACUCUCAGAAAGAGGUCUCAUCUCAAAGUACUGGUUCCCAAAGUAGGACAAGCAUGCACAAGAAGAUGGCGGCUGUAUUAGUGGUCAAAGACAAGACAAAUGAAGGUACAAAUGUCAACCUUAGUCAAGAGGAUUUUCAAGGUAUCGCUCCCUCUUCCUUGGAUAGCCAGUCUUUGCGAAAAUCCAGGAGAAGCAAGGCAUCCUCUGAUUCUGUCAGCCAAUCCCAUGAGUCUGAGAUUACUGAAAAGGCUGAUAAGAAAGAGGAAGACACCCAGAAAGAGGUUUCAUCUCAAAAUAAUGGUUCCCAAAGUAGAGCAAGUACACGCAACAAGUUAGGGGCUGUAUCAGCCAUUGAAAACAAGACAAAAAAAGAUGCAGAUAACAACUAUAGCCAAGAAGAUUCUCAAUUUAUCACACCCAUGUCCUCUGACAGCCAAUCCUUGCGCAAAUCCAGAAGAAGCAAGGCAUCUUCUGAUUCCCAACAGGUCACUUCUCCUCUUGGUGAAUCCCAGGAGUCUCAGAUUGUAGAAAAGCCCAAAAAGGAGAAAGCAGACUCUCAGAUAGAAGUGACCAAUGAGUCUCAGGAUGGAACAAGUUUGAAAAAUGAACCAGAGGUGGAAGACAUAACCAAGACUGCUAAAAAUAUGAAGGAGGACUCACAAGUACUCGCAUCUUCCUCUGAUAGCCAGCCUCUGUGGAAAUCCAGAAGAAGUAAGGCGUUGUCCGAAGCAGCAGAGCCUGAGGAUAAGAGUAAAUCUAAAGACUUACCAAGACGGCAGAGUAGAUCCAGUUCUCAGACAUUGGAAGCUGUUGAUCAUGCAGAUACAAGAGCUAGUGGAAGGACCAGGAGAAGCAUGGCAAAAGAGGAGCAAUCAAAAUCAAGUCCUAGCUCAACUAUGGAGGGUUCUCAGUCUUUAGAGUCCUCACAAGGACGAAGAUCCUCACGAAGAUCUUCUCAAACUCUUACUGCUAAUGUAGAGUCUUCAGGAUCUGAAUCUUCUCAGGCUAAAGAAAGUUUUGUUUCCAUAAAGAGAGGAAAGAAACCUCAAGUAUCUGUGCAAAGUCCUUUAACUCUUGAAUCUAAAGAGGCCAAUACCGAUCAAGAUGCUGUUAUGGUUGAUUUGCAGUCCUCUGAAAAUCAAGAUUUACAAACUGUAGAGGUUGAAAUGACAACACAUAAUGAAGAUUCUCUUAAGGUUAAGAAGGGUUCUGAAUCCCUUCAAGUUGCAAGUAACAUUGAGGAGCAAAAUAUCAAAUCACCAAUGGAAGUUGAGGAUCAUCCUCAGACAGAUAAUGCAAAGAUUAGUGAAAUGUUUGCAGUUUCGCCUCACAAAGAGGAACAACUAAAAGACAAAGAAACAUCCUCUUCCCAAGAAACUGGGGCCUUCAAAUCUGCUGAAUUGUCUGAAUCUGUACAGAUCAGUGCUGAACCAAGUGAACAGCAACAGGCUAUACAAUCUCCUUUGAAGACGUCUGUGCCCCAAGAUGAGGAAACAGAGCAACCACAGGUCUUGGAGUCUCCAGAGGGGAAAGCUGAAGUGUCUGAGCCUGAGGACAAAGUUUCAGUGGAACAAGAUGCUAAUUUAGAUUCAAACGACCAAGAACAACUACCUGAGGAACCAGCAGAAGACGACCAAGGUUCCUCUCUUGGACAAAAAGAUGGUCAGAGUGAGGAAACAGAGCAGGCAAUUGUGGGCAACGAGAUCACACCUUUACAAGAUGGUGACAAAGAUGGCCAAACCCAGAUUAUUGAGCAACAAGUAGAAGAGGAAAAGCCAACUGCCUUUGCUGCGAAUGAAACGGCUGCAACUGUUGAUGCAGCUCUCACUGAUGUCUGCAGUACUUCAAUUUCAUCAGAAUCUACAAACAACCUGGAAAAUCCUGAAAAACUUCAGGGAUCACCUGCAAAGCAGAAAGACCUGGAAGCAGUAAUGGGUCAAGAUGUCGGCCAAAGCCCCAGUGGUGGCAGAACCAGAGGAUCCUGGUCCCCGUCAGCCUCCCCAUCAACCAGUAUCCUCAAGAAGGGCCAGAAGAGACCGCUAGAGGAUGAAACGCCCUCACCUCUGGUCAAAUCCAGGCGUGUGUCCUUUGCUAAUCCGAUCCAGCAGCAGGAAAUGGCAGAUGACAUUGAUCGUCGGAGUCCUGCUUUAAGAACCAGCUCCCCAAGAAGAUCUAAAGGUAGCAGCAUCCCACAGCCUAAGUACGUUACCACUCCAACAAAAGGAAUGCUGAUUCUGAGUCCCAGGAAUCUGCACAGUCCAGGAUACAAGAGCUCCAAGAAAUGCCUGAUUUCUGAGAUGAGCCAGGAGCCGCGGCCAGUCUCCAGAGACUGUAUCUACCCUGCCCUGGUCGGCUGCUCCACACCUGUUGAAGCUGUGCUGCCUCAGAUUUCCUCCAACAUGUGGUCUCGUGGUUUCGGGCAGCUUGUUCGAGCCAGAAACAUUAAAACAGUCGGAGACCUCAGCGCGUUAACACCUAGUGAAAUCAAGACUCUCCCUAUUCGUUCCCCGAAGAUCUCCAAUGUGAAGAAGGCUCUUAAAAUCUAUGAACAACAGCGUAAAGGACGAGGUGGAGAUGAGCUGAAGAGUUUUGAUGAAACAGAAAUGAUGACGUCUGAACUGGAGGAAACCAGUGCUCCUCAAAACCAUGAAGAGGAGGACAAAACCUCUGCAGAGACACUGGCGACUGAGCUGGUGGACGAGCCUGCAGAAACCAAGCCUGAUCAUGAUCUCUCUGUGAAUCAGACAUCUGAGUCCUCUUCGGGAGAGCAGACGGCCAUAGAUCAGCAGCAGUCUGAGGGUCUACUGUCAGAGGUUGAGGCUCUGGCUGGCAGGAUGACUUCUCAAGAACUCGGCCAGUGCUCCUCGCAGCAGCUUGUUCAGAUCCACGACCACUUAGGAGGCCUGAUGGGGCACGUGGUGGUCGAGCUGCAGACACGACUCAGCAAAAUGGAAUAGAAACCAUCAUGAAACGUCUUCACUGGCACUGAGAGACAUAAAAAUGGACAAAUCUUAAACAAAGGCUGUGUGACGGAUCGUAAAUCAAAUUUUACAAUGGAGGAUUUUAAAUAUUUUUAACUCUUGUUACCUUUCCUCAGAUUUGGAUUUAUCUUCGUCAGAGGUGUUUCAAAAUCUGCUUGUGGCACAUUUUUGUAGCUUUAUCUGUUGUGUAGUUUAUACGAUUUUAAAUAAACACUCAAAGGGAAGUACAGUCACACUUUUGGGCUGUGUCAGAAGAUGGAGAAUGGUUUUUGAUAGCUGUAGUAUCAACGUGGAUGCUUUAUUCCCCGCUGUUGUCUCUGACUUUGUAACAUGGACAGACAUAGAAAGUUGUCCUGCUGCUGAAGCCUUCCUUUGUACAAACGCUUUCUGUCGUGGCACUUCUAUCCUCCUUGUGCCUGUUUUUAGAUUGUUUACAUUCACAGCAUCACUGCUCCUGUACAUUUUGUAGGAUUUCUUCUGUUUUUUCAUGUCUGUAUGUGUUUUUAUGUCACUUACUUUAGAUAGUUGUAAACAUCCUGCACUUCCGUCUUUCAUUGUGGUUUUAAAUACUUAAAUAAAGAUGUCUGAUGACCAU